GGGGGAGGUAACGGAGCGGCCUAGGUUGUGGCGGUUCCCUGGUGAUUGCGCGCUGGGGUUGAGGCGUCUGCGGGCGUUCGGACGAUGCCGUGACGCGGCACGGCGACACUGUCGGCAAUGUGAGCGCACCCUUGUAGAGGGAGCCCUUCGGUCCUGGAGGCGGCUUGGCGUGAAGACAGGUUGCUAUUUGGGAGCGUUCCCUUGAAGCCCCUCAGAGAGUGGGGGAGGGGCGGCGGACGGCGAGCGGUCCGUGUCUGCGCUUGCGCCGGCGCCUCUGCCGACCCGGCCUGCACGCACGCGCAUGCCCGUAGCGCGCGGAGCCGAGGUGGCCGGCAGCACUGCGCGUGCGCAGUGAGGAGCCCGCUAAGGAGCGGCGCUGGCGGACGUCGGGCUGGCGGCCCGUGACGUCGUGAGGAGAGCUUUAAAGUGCGGGCCGGGCCGGGCGUCCGAGGGUCUGGUCGGGAGUCGGGCCUCGUCUCCGCAGCAGCCCUCCGCGGCAUGAGGCGCUGCCGGCGCCCCUGCCCCGCGGGACGUGGAGAAGGUGGAGGAGGAAGAAGCCCCGUUGUCGCCACCGUUGCAUGACCCGCCGCUCCUGAGGCCCUACCCCACGCCCGGACCCUCGACGCCCCCCGCCGGGUCCCCCACUCACGCAUGGGGGUUCGGCGCUAAGGACCCCCCUCCCUCCGGGGGCCCCGGGGCGCGUCCCCUUAGAGCCAUGCCCGGCUGCCCCGCCCGCCCCGGAGGACCCUAGAGCAGCGUCGCGGGGGCCAUGGCGGCCGCCAGCGGCUACACGGACCUGCGUGAGAAGCUCAAGUCCAUGACGUCCCGGGACAACUAUAAGGCGGGCAGCCGAGAGGCCGCCGCUGCUGCCGCAGCCGCCGUAGCCGCCGCAGCCGCAGCCGCCGCUGCCGCCGAACCUUACCCUGUGUCCGGGGCCAAGCGCAAGUAUCAGGAGGACUCGGACCCCGAGCGCAGCGACUAUGAGGAGCAGCAGCUGCAGAAGGAGGAGGAGGCGCGCAAGGUGAAGAGCGGCAUCCGCCAGAUGCGUCUCUUCAGCCAGGACGAGUGCGCCAAGAUCGAGGCCCGCAUUGACGAGGUGGUGUCCCGUGCUGAGAAGGGCCUGUACAACGAGCACACGGUGGACCGGGCCCCACUGCGCAACAAGUACUUCUUCGGCGAAGGCUACACUUACGGCGCCCAGCUGCAGAAGCGCGGGCCCGGCCAGGAGCGCCUCUACCCGCCGGGCGACGUGGACGAGAUCCCCGAGUGGGUGCACCAGCUGGUGAUCCAGAAGCUGGUGGAGCACCGCGUCAUCCCCGAGGGCUUCGUCAACAGCGCCGUCAUCAACGACUACCAGCCCGGCGGCUGCAUCGUGUCUCACGUGGACCCCAUCCACAUCUUCGAGCGCCCCAUCGUGUCCGUGUCCUUCUUUAGCGACUCUGCGCUGUGCUUCGGCUGCAAGUUCCAGUUCAAGCCUAUUCGGGUGUCGGAACCAGUGCUUUCCCUGCCUGUGCGCAGGGGAAGCGUGACUGUGCUCAGUGGAUAUGCUGCUGAUGAAAUCACUCACUGCAUACGGCCUCAGGACAUCAAGGAGCGCCGAGCAGUCAUCAUCCUCAGGAAGACAAGAUUAGAUGCACCCCGGUUGGAAACAAAGUCCCUGAGCAGCUCCGUGUUACCACCCAGCUAUGCUUCAGAUCGCCUGUCAGGAAACAGCAGGGACCCUGCUCUGAAACCCAAGCGGUCCCACCGCAAGGCAGACCCUGAUGCUGCCCACAGGCCACGGAUCCUGGAGAUGGACAAGGAGGAGAACCGGCGCUCGGUGCUGCUGCCCACACACCGGCGGAGGGGUAGCUUCAGCUCUGAGAACUACUGGCGCAAGUCCUACGAGUCCUCAGAGGACUGCUCUGAGGCAGCAGGCAGCCCUGCCCGAAAGGUGAAGAUGCGGCGGCACUGAGUCUACCCGCCGCCCUCCUGGGAACUCUGGCUCAUCCUUACGUAGUUGCCCCUCCUUUUGUUUUGAGGGUUUUGUUUUUGUUUAUUGGGGGGUUUUUUUUUGUUUUUGUUUGUUUGUUUGUUUUUUUGUUUUUUUUUUUUGAUUCUAUAUAUUUUUCCUUGGUUUGUUGCCUGUUAAGGCUGAAGAAUAGAAUUGGCCAGGACCUAGGUUCUCAUAUUCUUGGAAUUCCUCCUGGAUAGAAAGGCUGUUAGCAUCAAUAGGGGACAGAGGCUGAUGCUGGAGUGGCCAGUAGAGGUGGUGGAGCAGAGCAGCCAUCUUUUAAGUGGGGCUGUAUCAGGCUGGGUUUAUUUAAAAGCAACAAAAUGUUUUGGUUAAGAAAAUUAUUUUGCUUUCAGUGUAAAUCUUCGCAGUGUUCUAAACAAAGUUCAGUCUUCUGCUCGCCCCUUUCCUCCACUGAUGUCUGCACUUGGUUGAGGUCUCCUGGAGCCUCACAGGCUCUGCAUGGGGGCUGCUGUUCUCCACUUCUCACCUGCCAUCCACGCCCUGCAAGCUCAUGCAAACACCCUUUCUUCCUCCUGCGGCAGAGUUGUUCAGGUUGCCUGGGCAGGGGCUUAAACAGUGCCAGCCCCUGCCAUCCCAAAGCUAUUGUUAAGCCCCCCAGGCGUCCUCCACCCACGCCCACUAGCCUGCCCUGUCCACAGUUCCUUGGGCUGCUGAGGGGCUAGUGCAGUGGUCCUGACCUCUCUUCUCAAGAGCACACUUCUUUGCUGGUUGCUCCUUUUGAGCAUAUGCGUGUGAUUAUUUGGAACAGUUAGACUUGCCACGUUGGGUCAGUUUUAGAAAUUGUUUCUAGCUAGAGGGACUGGUGUCCUUCCAAGUCUAGCAUUUGGGGUAUGGAAAAUUGUUGUGGUGUGUGGUAGGGUUUUUGUUUUCUUUUUUGAGUUUUUUUUCCCCCUUUAGUCUCCUGGCUUUUUCCUUUCCCUUCCCUUCUCCAUUGGCCAGCUUGGGCCUCAUCCUCAUGUCAUCCUUCUAGGAAGGCGCCUGCCCCCUCUUGUCUGCUGGCAGCAUGCAUCCAAGGCCAGAGCUCAGGCCUGCAGACUGGGCUGGUGCCUCCUCCGCUUCAGGGUAUGGGAGUUGGUGAAGGGGCUUUCAAAAAAUAAUAAUAAAGAAAAAAAAGGUAAAGUCUUUGGUAGCUUCUAUCCACUCAGAUCCUGGAAGGCAGCAAGGUUUUGUGGAUCUAGAUUCAUUAGGAAUGUCUUCUUGUCAGCCAGGCCAGGACCCGGGCUUGCCAAGAGCAGAGGCCCUCCCAGCAACCAGGAUACCACCACUUUGGGGGCUUUGUGUACAGAGGUCCGGGUCUGAGACCUCAUAGGCUGCAGAAAUCUGGGGCAGCCACCAUCAAGAAGCCCCUCUCAGGGGCCAGAACUCCUUUGCCAGCGUGGAUUUCUCAAGUCGGGACUGCAUAAUUAAAGCAGUUGCAGUUUUAUUUUUUUUACAGCUUUUUUCCCAAAAAUGAUUUGUAGUUGUGUGUGCAGCACUUUGCCCUGAUAUGUGUGCUCUACAAUAAAAACCAAAUCUAAUAUAUUUUGAAA